AUGGAAAACUCACAGCUGGCAGCCAGCAUCAUGACCACAGCUACGUUGAAUGGGUUCAACUCGGCCCCGGACACACCUUCGCCCGUCUAUCCAGACCGAUUAAUCCGACCACUCCCCAAACGGACCUUGCGCUCACGUCUAUCCCUCUGUGCCGCCGAUUCGAUUCUUUACCCGCCGGCGCCCGCUGCAACCCAUGUCUUCCACGGCGUACCGACAGAUAGUGGGGAUGUUGAGAAUGACUCAAAGGUCUAUGUGCAGGAGUCCGUGGAGCACGAAUGUCCAGAUUGCAACUCUUGGCAUCAUUAUUAUGAGGAUGACGUAAGUUGUGACUGCGACUGUGACAGCGCUGAUGAGGAUGGUCCUGUUGUGGUGCGGCGGAGUGCUGGUUUUCGCGGGGCUUCCCUGUCUCCGUCAGCUUCGAGCUCCCACCCCCAGAGGCUUCCGGUCAACGGGGAAGGGUCUCGCCAGAUCAAGUCUGCUUCAGCAGGCCCUGACGGGUAUGAUGCUUUCGAGAACACCAACAACAAGAAGAAACGCAAGAUUCCAACGCCGGGAAACAUGGGCAAUAACCAUUCUAGCUUGUCUCCCGAAUUUUCUGCCAUGGGACUCGCGACAUCAGCUCCGUCGACGCCUUCCGCAACGACAGCUGAUAGCUUGGCCUAUUAUGGAGCGGGCAAUCCGGCGUCUCCGGUUGGGAGCGGGAUCUCCGGUUCAGGCAGAGGUCGCCUUGGGCGCCAAGUGCCUCGCGGUGGCAGUGGAAAAAUCCCGUUGUCAGUCCAAACUCAAAUUGGUUUUGCAAAUGGUGACCCCGCCGGGAAAUCAGACCAGGGUAUCAUUUCGGCUGCCAUCGCAAACGCUGCCGCGGUCUCUUCUCCGCCGAGAGGCUCUGGUAAUGUCAGCUUGCUCGACCAGCAAACCAAUGCCACGACGCCCACCAAGACCCAGUUUACCUUCACGUGUGAAUCGGAUUCCUCCAAGGGCAUGGCAAUGCAAGCACAGAACACCUAUCCCGCGCAGCACCGCUCGCCCACCUCCCCUUUUCCCGCGAUUGCACAUAAUCCUCGAAACUUUUCCACGCAGGGCACGCAAACAAGUCCAAGUAUGACUGCACAGGCUCACCAGCAAUUCCAGCAGCCGUCGCAGAUGCAGCAACAACCACAAAAUCAUGAUGGGUCCGCUGCCGAGCCGGCUAAUGCUGGCAGAAAGAAGAAACGGUCACCGGACAGUGUCUAUGCGCUGGCUGCACGCCAACGAAAGAUCCAGCAGCAAUAUGCCAAUCUUCAUCACCCUCCGAGCAUCGAAGAUCUCUGGAUUUGUGAGUUUUGUGAAUACGAGAGCAUCUUUGGUCGUCCACCAGAGGCUCUGAUUCGGCAAUAUGAGAUUAAGGAUCGCAAGGAGCGGAAGCGAUUGGCGGAGAAGAAGAGACUGCUCGAGAAGGCCAAGAUGAAGGGGCGGAAGAAUAGGAAAGCAACCAAAAACGCAACGAAGAAUACCUCGGCCCACCAACCGGCGUUUCAGUCUAGUUACGAUCGUGCGUCUGUUGACCAUCCGUCUGUUGGAGGGUCAGGAGGCGGCCAUGAAGAUAAUUAUAAUGAACAUGAUGAGGAGCCGGUUCCCUUUCCGAGCCCUCCGCCCGCUUCCUUCAAGCCGCCAUUACCCCCGGAGCAUCAAUCCAGGAUAUCUGCUAAUUCCAUGGUCGCGCCUGGUGCAAUAGAUUCAGAAACGAGUCGGCCACCAUGA